AGCAACUUGUUCACAAAUAGAAAAAUAUUCUGCAAAAACUCAACAGUUCAGAGACUGUCACCAUGGAGCUGAAACAGCCAGCAUUGGGCCAAAACUUGUUGUUGUUGGUCACUACUUUGCUACUUAUACCGAUCUUCUAUGGUCACAUCUUAACAACACAUCUACGAGAACUCAAGGGCGUUUCUGUCUCCAUGUUGGAAUCUCUGUGGGAAGCAUUUCUUCAGUUGGUUGGUGAGGAUGACUAUAAUCUGUACGUUUGGGGUAUUACCUUAUCUGUCCAAAUUCCAUUUUGGACUGUUGGUAUUUUUUUCGUAAUCGUGGACUACUACAACUGGCCCAAAUGGUUUCGCAAAUAUAAACUGCAACCGGGUACGAACGAACCAGUGGAUUUGAAUAAAUUACUAGAGACUGUUAAGGUCGUCUUGAUCAAUCAAUGGGCCAUUUCGUUUCCACUCACCAUCGCCAGCUAUUACUUUAAAAAGGUGACCAACACGACACCGAUUAUUCACGGACUACCAUCUAUCGGGCAAACAUUAUUGCAUUUUACCAUUUUGUUCAUUUGCGAAGAAGUUGGAGUGUACUACGUGCACAGGCUGAUCCAUCAUCCAAAGUUAUACAUUACGGUCCACAAAAAACAUCACGAAUGGCGUGCACCUGUUGCCAUAUCUUCAAUGUACAGUACUCCAAUCGAAUAUUUUUUACUGUUGAGUGCAGCAGCUUUGGGUCCGCUGGUUGUUAAUCCUCACAUGGCCCUCCUGUGGUUCUGGUACGCAUUCGUUCACCUGAGAAGCGUUAACGAACACACAGGUUACAAGUUCCCAUGGCUACCGUUUUCGGAUCAUCACGACUAUCACCACAUCAUGAAUAAUGCAUGUUUCAGCCACUCCUAUUUCCUAGAUUGGCUAAACGGCACGGAUAAGGGUUUCCAAGCUUACGUAUCUCGUAAGAAGGCUGCCAAAAAAAAUUAACUAAUACGAAAAAAAUUUCUAAAAUAUUGUCGUUAAAUAAUCUUACCUUUCUGUUUCAAGCUAUAAAUAAUUACAGCUUAGGUAUUUCGGGUGUGACGUUGUAAAUUACUCAGCAUGGGAAAGGAAAAUGUUUUGUUCCUUUCGAUUAUCACUUUCUCCCACA